AUGACUGAAAAGCUACCACGCAAACGCCGAAAACUCUUCUUCGAGUCUUAUGCUGACUAUGAUGCUAAAAAGAAGGGCCUUGAGCGCGGGGUGGUCAAGCCUGAAUAUCAGGCAGUGGUCCAGCUUAAACAGGAUGAUGAAGCGCGAUAUGAUGAUGAGCCAACGGAUGUAAAGCUUGCCCGGCUGAUUUCUCUAUUCCCUGAUAUAGACGAAGUCGUCCUACUAGAUGUCCUGGUCUCGUACGAAGGCUGCGUCGAAGCGGCAUCGGCUUGUCUAGAGGCCAGACGUGAUUCAAAGCGAGACGAGGCAUCUUCUCUACGCUCAAAUAACUCUCUGAACCCUACACCUGGCAUACAGACAUCUAUCCUAUCUACAUUCCAAUCAACGACCUCAAGCCCCGCCACAGCAUCAUCAGGCUGGUCAAAACCACUAACAAAACGAGGCAAAAUACUUCAUCUAUACUCCCCCGAUGACAUCUCCAAACACACCCCAUGCUCCAUAAUCCAUAACUUCCUACCCGCAGAAGAAGCAAACGGCCUCUUAACUGAAUUGCUGGAAGAAGCCAAAAUAUUCCAACCCGACAUAUUCCAGCUCUUCGACAAAACAGUCCAGAGUCCACACUCAAGCAAACUCUACGUCUCUACGGAUUACGACCUAAGACAACAAACAGAACAGUACGUCUAUAACGGGGUAUAUCAAAAAGACGUCCGCAAAAUCUCGCCGAGAAUGCAAGCUGUAUCUGAGAAAGUGCAAAAGGCUGUUAAUGAACAUGUUCAGCAACGGAUUCAGACACAUUAUCCAGAUGGCAAAAAAUUAAGAUAUCAGUCGCCAAAGGAAUGGAUACCGAAUGCGGCGUUUGUGAAUUGUUAUGAUGGGCCGCAGGAGAGUGUGGGAUACCAUUCUGACCAGCUGACGUAUUUGGGGCCCAGGGCUAUUAUAGGCAGUUUGAGUUUAGGGGUUGCCAGGGAGUUUCGUGUUAGAAAAGUUGUUGCGCGAGACAAUAACCCUAGCGAAGAUGACAAUACCCAAAGACAACAUCAAGACGCAGAAACUUCCAAGAAACCCCGUUUGCCAGAUAUAAUAUCUGACGCCCAAGGCCAAAUCUCAAUCCAUCUCCCCCACAACUCCCUCCUCGUAAUGCACGCCGAAAUGCAAGAAGAAUGGAAACAUUCCAUCCCAUCGGUAUCCACCAUCUCUCCACAUCCAAUAGCCGGCAAUAAACGAAUCAAUAUAACAUAUCGAUGGUAUCGUGAAUCCCUCCAUCCUCGCAAUACUCCAAGGUGUCGAUGUAAUGUGCCUACGAUAUUACGGUGUGUGCAACGCAAGCAGGAGUCGAGAGGGAGGUAUAUGUGGAUGUGUUAUGCGGGUUAUUCGCCGGGGAGUAAAGGGUGUUCUUUUUUUCAGUGGGCAGAAUUUGAUGAUGAUGGAGAGCCUCUGUGGGAAAAGAUGGGAAUGAAGAGACCUCAUCCAACAACCCAUGACUAG